GUUAAAGUUGAAGCGAAGAUGGCGGACUCGCGCAAGGAAGAAAGCGAACCUCUGCUCAGUAACUCGGAUAACAGCGAGAAUGAGUUGAUUGCUCCAUCAGCCCCGUCUCUACCUCCAAUAAAUUCAACCGAACUUGAACCACCAAUAGUAGGUGAUGUCCCGCCACCCGUUCAACCCGGGGAGUUACCCCCGCCUUACUCCCCUGCGCCGGAGGGCGGGGUGCCCAUGAUCAACUGCCGAGUAUGUCAGGCUAUGAUCAACCUGGAGGGACGGAUGCACCAACAUGUUGUGAAAUGCAGCUCUUGUAAUGAAGCAACGCCAAUCAAAGAAGCACCUACAGGAAAGAAGUAUGUCCGCUGUCCGUGUAACUGUCUGCUCAUCUGCAAACUCUCAUCAAAGCGUAUCGCUUGCCCUCGAGCCAACUGUAAGAGAGUCAUCAAUCUUUCACCGACGGUCUCAAUUGCGAGUCCAUCCUCUACAAACGUGACUAGAACUGCUAGCUACCGAGUCAUAUGUGGACAUUGCAACGAGGGUUUCAGAUUUCCACACAAAUCAGCAUUAGCCAGGUGUCCCUACUGCCGAAGAGUAUCAUCCGUUGGUUCAGCCUAUGCCAAGAAUAGAUGUCUCAUCUACAUUGUGGUUGGACUUAUUUUCCUUGGAGCUGGAGUCGGCGUUACGCUCGGGACCUAUUCCAUGGCUGAAAAUCAAGGUGGGAUUUACGUCGUAUGGAUUGGUGCCUUUAUUGUUGGGAUCUUAAACCUGAUGCGAGGGAUUUAUUACGGCGUCAUGACGGUCAGCAACUUUGAAACUGGUGAAACCUAAGAACUGACUUGGGAUUAGCACCACCACAUCACAAAACCCUACGAAGCUUGACUGACAAAGACGGGCAGUGGGUAACCAAAGAUGAGAGAUUAUUAUACAAUUUUUGUUUCAGAUGAAGUGAUUGAAACUAAGUUGAGGAGAUCUUGGUCAGCUGUUUUUUUAAAGAGUCUGUACAAUUGAAUAAAUAGAUCACUACAAUUUCCCCUCAAGUAUUCUCUGUGGAUUAUUUUACUAGAAAGGUUCCUCAGACUCAUUCCAUUGCAAUACGCGUCAUCGACCGCCAUAUUUGAUGAAUUGUACAUGGGUGAAGAGCUACCAUUGGCUAAGAGCAGCGUGUACACGCGUGCACUUUUCCAGUGUAAAUACAUCAAAGAUGGCUGUCAAUGACACAUACUACCAUCUAUACAUGUGAAUGGUGUAUCAUAUUCCACAGACUCCGUUAGUGCUUUGGGUGUAGGGGCUUUAAAGAAAUUUGAUGUAAUAAUUAUAAACCAUAAGGUUGAACAAAGAAAAAUUACCAGGCAUUUCUCUCUCUGAGACUGUUUUCUCUGGUACAACGGUUGAUUUUUUUACCGUGUUUGAAAAUUGGAAGAAAAGAUUGAGUGCGUUUCCAAACAUCAUGCUGUUUCAUUGAUUUUAUCAAUUCAUUUGAGAACCUUUUGGUUGGUGAGUAGUUUGCAACAUCUCAAUUUAUGUUCUGGUGUUUAAUAUUCCGAAUCUUCUUGUCUUUAUUAAAGACACUGGACACUAUUGGUAAUUGUCAAAGACCAGUCUUCUCUCUGGGUGUAUUUCAACAUAUGCA